AUGGCUGAUCAACAAGUCCUGGAGCAACAUAACUCCUCGCGCUCGCCUUCCCCCUCCUCCGAUGAGACCGUCACCGACCGCCCCGUCCGCAUAACCGUCGCCUUCGCGGGCCAUACCCACGCCUUCGACUUCGACAGCGCCGCAGUCCUCGACGACCUCGUAGAUGCCUGCGAGGACUUCCUGCCCAACGGCCAAGAAUAUGACUGGGAUGCGGCCAAGUUCAUCGCGCCCAAGGCGGGCCUGCUCAAGGCCCGGGACAAGGCCGAGUUCCCGCUCGCCGAGCUCAACGGCAAGAAGGUCAACCUGAUGGUGUCGAAAGCGUCCGCCAUCGACGCCCUGCGCCAGGCCGAGGCCAACGCCCGCCGGCGCGCCGAGCGGCGGCUCGCACAGCGGCGCAACGCCCGGAGCCACCAACACCAGCACCAGCACCAGCACCACAGCCACCGGCACCGCGACCCGCAGCGGGCGCAGGACGACGCUACCUACACCUUCAUGGCGGUGCGGCCGCUCUCGCACCUGCCGCGCCCGGAGCGCAGCCAGGCGUUCCUGCAGCGGCUGAAGGAGGACCCGGGGAUCCGGUCGGCGAUGCGCAAGCACAGGUUCAGCGUCGGCCUGCUGACGGAGAUGGACCCCCUGAGCUACACCGAGGCGAGCCACGAGGGCACGACGCGCGUCCUCGGCCUCAACCGCAACCAGGGCGAGGUCAUCGAGCUGCGCCUGCGCACCGACGCCUACGACGGCUACCGCGACUACCGCACCAUCCGCAAGACGCUGUGCCACGAGCUGGCGCACAACGUCCACGGCCCGCACGACCGCAACUUCUGGGACCUGUGCCACCAGAUCGAGCGCGAGGUCGACGCCGGCGACUGGAAGCACGGCGGCCGCACUGUCGGCGACCAGGAGUACUACGAGCCCGUGUCGGGCGGUGCCGGGGACGAGGAGGACAUCAUGGACCAUGGUGGCUGGACGGGCGGCAGCUACGUCCUGGGCGGUAGCAGUACCAGUGCCGGCUCCGUGACCGGCGCCUCGGGGCAACCGCUGAGCCGUAGGGAGAUCAUUGCGAAAGCGGCAGAAGAAAGGAGGAGGCGGAUGGACAACGCCAGACCCGACGGGGGAAACGACGGCGAUAGCCGGCCUGCAUAA